AUGCUUAAUAGAAUUGAAAAAGUCUUGGAUGAAGGACAGCCAUGCGAGCAAGCAAGGUUUCGAAAACGGUUCAGCACUAUUGACCACAUCCGCACUGUUUCGAGACUCAUCGAAGUAUCACGAGAGUACAAGAUGCCACUCUUUCCCACCUUCAUCGACUCGAAAAAGGUCUUCGACUCAGUUGAGACGGAAGAGGUCAGGAAGGUCUUGGACAACCAGGGUGUUCCUAUUCAGUACAUAAAGAUACCUCGAGAGUUGUACUUCUUCACGUUCAACUUCACGACCAGAAUUUCGCCAUUCUACAAGAAUAUCAUCAUUAACGUGAAGAGGGGGUCCCACGGGGUGAUACAACCUCAUCCAAAAUAUUUACAGCCACCCCGAGAACGCAAUGCGAAGGCUGGAAUGGGACGAUAUGAUAGUGAAGGUCGAUGGUCGGCAGCUGCACCGUUUCCGCUUCGCUGA